CCACCCCCUGCUCUGGCUCCCUCUGCAGACAAGCUCUUCGGGAGGCGGCUGCUCCAGGCUGGGCGCUACAUCAUGUCCCACAAGUCCUGGAUGAAGACGGUGCCGACCGAGAACUGCGACGUGCUCAUGACCUUCCCCGACACGACGGAUGACCACACGCUGCUCUGGUUGCUGAACCACAUCCGGCUGGGCAUCCCCGAGCUCAUCAUCCAGAUCCGGCACCACAAGCUCACCAAGGUCUACGCCUUCUUUGUCACCGCCAACUACGAGAGCUUGCUGCGGGGAGCGGACGAGAUCGGGCUGCGGAAGCCGGUGAAGGCCGAGUUCGGGGGCGGCAUGCGCAGCUUCUCCUGCGAGGAGGACUACAUCUACGAGAACAUCGAGAACGAGCUCUACUUCUUCACCUCCCAGGAGCGGCAGGACAUCAUCCGGUACUGGCUGGAGAACCUGCGAGCCAAGCAGGGCGAGUCGCUGCACAACAUCCACUUCCUGGAGGGGCAGCCCAUCAUCUCGGAGCUGGCGGCCCGUGGCGUGAUCCAGCAGGUCUUCCCCCUCCAUGAGCAGCGGAUCCUCAAGCGUCUGAUGAAGUCCUGGGUGCAGGCCAUCUGCGAGUCGCAGCCCCUCGAUGAGAUCUGCGACUACUUUGGGGUGAAGAUCGCCAUGUACUUUGCCUGGCUGGGCUUCUACACCUCGGCCAUGGUCUACCCCGCCGUCUUCGGCUCCAUCCUCUACACCUUCACCGAGAGCGACCAGACCAGCCGGGAUGUGUGCUGCGUGGUCUUCGCCAUCUUCAAUGUCAUCUGGGCCACGCUCUUCCUGGAGGAGUGGAAGCGCCGGGGGGCCGAGUUCGCCUACAAGUGGGGGACGCUGGACACCCCCGCCGAGUCCAUUGAGGAGCCCCGGCCGCAGUUCAGGGGCACCAAGCGCAUCAGCCCCGUGACUAACGCCGAGGAGUUUUACUACCCACCCUGGAAGCGGCUGCUCUUCCAGUGCCUGGUCAGCCUGCCCGUCUGCCUCUUCUGCCUCACCUGCGUCUUCCUCGUCAUGCUGGGCUGCUUCGAGCUCCAGGAGUUCGUGCUGAGCAUCAAGGAGCUGCCCCGCAUCGUCCGCUUCCUGCCCAAGAUCGUCCUGGCCAUCAUCGUCACCACGUGCGACGAGGUCUACAAGAAGAUUGCCUACUGGCUCAACGACAUGGAGAACUACCGCCUGCAGAGUGCCUACGAGAAACACCUCAUCAUCAAAAUCGUCCUGUUUCAGUUUGUAAAUUCGUACCUAAGUCUUUUCUACAUCGGUUUCUACCUCAAAGACAUGGAGCGGCUGAAGGAGAUGCUGGCCACGCUGCUCAUCACCCGCCAGUUCCUGCAGAACGUCAAGGAGGUGUCGCAGCCCCACCUGUACCGGCGGCUGCAGCGCGGCGACCUCAGCCUGCAGGGCCUGCGCGCCGCCACCCACGCCGUCCUGCGCCUGCUGGCCCAGCGCUGCGCCCCGCCCCCCGAGCCCCGCGCCCGCCCCGGCGAGGACGACCGCCAGCCGGCGGAGGGGCCCCGGGGCGAGAAGAAGUGCCUGAACGGCGGCUGCGGGGUCCCCGAGGAGGAGGACGAGGAGCGGCGGGGGUCGGACUCGGAGGACGAGAGCCUGCUGGACUGCGGGCUGAAGCUGAAGAAGGUGAGCUUCAUCGAGAAGGCGGAGCGGCGUGGCGGUGAGCCCGGCGCCCCCGAAGACGACAGCUUCCUGGAGGAGGGCAGCCCCACCAUGGUGGAGAAGGGCAUGGACCCUGCCUCUGUCUUCGAGCUGUGCGAGGACGACGACGAGAGCGACGGCCCCUCGGGCAGCCCCCUCAAGGGCCCAGCCGAGCCCCACGAGCCGCCUGUGGUGCUGCGGCCCCGCCGGCCGCGGCGGGCAGGCGAGAGCCGCGAGGACGUGGUGCUGCGGCCCCGCCGGCCGCGGCGGGCAGGCGAGAGCCGCGAGGACGAGGAGGAGGAGGAGGACGGCAGGAAGCGCAACCGGGCCUCGUGGAUCGACCCACCCGAGGAGGACUACUCUGCGCAGCUCACGCAAGCCGAGGUGGAGAGCUGCAUGAAGAAGUACGAGGACACAUUCCAGGACUACCAGGAGAUGUUCAUCCAGUUCGGCUACGUGGUGCUGUUCUCCUCCGCCUUUCCGCUGGCCGCCACCUGCGCCCUCAUCAACAACAUCAUCGAGAUCCGCAGUGACGCCUUCAAGCUGUGCACGGGGCUGCAGCGCCCCUUCGGCCAGCGGGUCGAGAGCAUCGGGCAGUGGCAGAAAGUGAUGGAGGCCAUGGGCGUCCUGGCCAUCGUGGUGAACUGCUACCUGAUCGCCCAGUGCGGCCAGCUGCAGCGGCUCUUCCCGUGGCUCAGCCCCGAGGGAGCCAUCAUCUCUGUGGUGGUGCUGGAGCACUUCGCCCUGCUCCUGAAGUACAUUAUCCAGGUGGCCAUCCCGGACAUCCCAGCCUGGGUGGCGGAGGAGAUGGCCAAGCUGGAGUACCAGCGCAGGGAGGCCUUCAAGAAACACGAGCGGCAGGCGCAGCACCACUUCCAGCAGCAGCAACGGCGCAAGCGGGAGGAGGAGGAGCGGCAACGCCACGCCGAGUACCAGGCCCGCAAGGAGCGUGAGGCCAGCCGGGACGAGGGCCGGCCCGAGGCCGCCGGGCAGGACCCGGCCCACGACAAGGGUCCGGCCAAAGCCAAGGGCCCCGGGGGCGCCUCCCACGGCACCGACAAGCCCAAGCGGCCCAGCUCCCUGCUGGCCACCAACAACGUCAUGAAACUCAAGCAGAUCAUCCCGCUGCAGGGCAAGUUCCUGUCCGGCGGGGCGGGGGCGGCCAGCACGGCCACGGCGCGGUCCCCCCAGUCCCCGACCGGCAGCGACAACAAGCUGCCCGGCUUCCUCAGCUUCAAGUUCCUCAAGUCCCCGGAGACGAAGCGGGACGGGGGCACGGAGAAGGUGCAGUCGCCCACCAAGCCCUUCAACCCUGGCAAGCUCUUCAACUUUGGCAAGUCCGAGGGGGCUGGGGGCAACGGUGCUGCCGCGGGGGGCACCCCCCUGCCGUCGCGGCCCGGCCCUGCCGGGGAGGGCAUCGAGAAGCAGGUGCCCAGCAGGUCCCACCUGAAUGGGGUGGUGGACGAAGGUGGGCACGAGGAGGCCGAGCUGCGGGCCGAGGAGGAGGGCGCUGGCCCCAAGCUCUAACCGGGGCCACGUGCCCGUUGCCCUCGGGGCUGUUCUUCAAGCAGGGCGCUAGGGCCAGGGAUGGAGACCGAGGGGAGCUGGGCGAGCUGCUGGGCAUGGAUUCCCCGCGGAUCACUCGGGGCUUUCCCCCCCGUCUCAGCUGAGCCCCGCGCCGGCUGCACCAAGGGCUGUGUGUGUGUGUGCGUCCGUCCGUGUCCGUGUGGGUGCAAACCCCCAGUGAUCCCCGCGGGCAAUCUGCCUGCACGUGGCCGGGGAGGGAGCAGUGGGUGCCCGAGGCUGCCGGAGCAGGAUGGGUGUGCCGUGCUCCCCUCCUGCCCUCCCUCCAGGGCAGGGGCCUGG